AUGCUCAAACGUGGACAACUAAAAAAUAGUCAAGGUUACCGAGAGUUAAAUACCGACAAUAAUUGGCGACAAGAAUCAUCAGUCUGGGGAAGAGUAAUCCAACUAACAAUAUUAAAGAAAGAAGACGAAAAUGCCAAGAAAUGGCUUUAUACAGUAUGGCGUGAUGAUCGUCGAUCAAUUAAAUCCAUUUUCUAUAAAGAUAUAACGCUAGCAACCCUACCAACACCAUUAGCUCCCAAUGUUCGCAAUAUUCAAAUUCCACAAUUAUCCAGUAAUCCUUCAGAUGAUCCAAAGCCAGUUCGAACAGCAGCUGCAUCAGCUAUUAUUAUUCCAAAAAGAACUCUUUCGUUCACUAUGGAUUAUGAACAAUUUAAAAUAUUUUUUGAUAGAAAGGAACAUAAACUAUCACCUGAUUGGACUAGUAUUAUUAACGAAAAAUUAAUUCAUGCUAAAUUAAAAUGUACAUUUAUUUUUGAGUACAAACAUAUCAGAAUUAACAAAUCACAAAAAACAAAUUCUCCGUCCUUCACUUGCGUAGCUCAUUGCAAGCAUAAGUCAUGUCAUGUAGUUGUACAAGUAAAAUUACAAAAUGAACCACCAAAAAAUUCAACAUCAUUAUUUGCAAUUGAGAUUUUAGGAAAAGAAAAUCAUGAGGGUGGAAUUGCCAGCCGACCAUUAUCAGGUACACAAAGAGCCGAAAUAGCUAAAGGAGCUGAAACACUCGGACCAUUAAAUGCUUAUGAACGGAAUAUACAUAAAGCAGAUGAAAAUCUUCUAAAAAAAAAGAAAUUUUAG